AUGUCGACCACCGGUGGCAAGACAUAUAUUGUCGAGCAUCUCGACCCCGAGCUCGGCCCUUGGUCAGAGCUCGAAUACAUCGCCAUCGCCAAGGAAACCCAUGAGGCCAAGGGGACCUUCCUCCUUUCCUCGCUUCCCGCAGGCUUCAAGGCCCCUGCCAAGCUCCAGGCAAGCCCUGCCUUCAAGGCCGAAAACAGGGGCGUCGAGGAGCUCUACGCCGCCGACAAGUCACGAGUGUGCCUCCUGGAUCCGGCGGCCGCCAGCGACCUCGGCCCUGAGGACGGCGAUAAGUUUGACGCCUUCCUCUUCGGCGGCAUCCUUGGUGAUGACCCUCCCCGAGACCGCACCUCGGAGUUGAGGAAGAAGGGCUUCGAGGGCCGCAGGCUCGGACCCAAGCAGAUGACCACUGACACGGCUGUCCGCGUGACGAGGCUCGUGGUCGAGGGCAAGACGGCCCUGGACAAGAUUGCGUACCUCGACUACCCUGACUUGGUCUUCAACGAGCAUGAGAGCACGCAGAUGCCUUUCCGUUACGUAGAGGGCAGCGCCGGCAAGCCUGUGAUGCCAGAGGGCAUGGUGGAACUCAUCCAGAAGGAUUCUGACAAGGCUAUCGAUGAUGUGUUCUAA